UCCCUCAUCUUCAUCUUUAUCAUUGUCAGCAUUGUGCAAAGGCAAGAGCAGAAAGCAGAGAUGGCGUUAGAGCAAGCAAUAUCAUCAACUAGCUUAAGGAACCUACUCAUGGUCCCAGAAAACCCUAAUUCAAAACCCAAAUUCCAUUUCCCAUCUUCAAAUUCAAUUGGUUAUCCGUGGCGUUUGAAAGUGAAGCAGCAGCGGGUUUUGAAGUGCUCGAUGUCAAUGGUGGCAUACCCUAAGCCCACAGAGAUUCAAUGGAAGAAAGAGCUUUGUAAUUCCGUCAACCUCAUCGGCAUCGUUUCCGAGCCCGUCGAAAUCAAGCACUUACCCUCCGGCAAAGUGGUCGCUUGGACCCGCCUCUCCGUCAAGAAAAACGCCACACAAACAUCCUUAAUUCAUCUCACAUUCUGGGAUGAGCUUGCCCAUGUUGCUUUUCAGCAUCUGCACAAAGGUCACAAGAUUUACGUUGCUGGUCGCCUCGUAACUGACACUGUUGAAACCGAUGAAGGGAAACAGCAAAUAUACUACAAGGUGGUUGCUCAGCAGCUUAACUUCAUUGAUAGUAAUCUGUCGUCGCCAGUGUCUUCACAUGAUCAAGACUCUGAUUCCAUCAUAACUGGAAAUAGCAAUGGCAAGAAAGUGAGUUAUGCUGCAAAUAGUACUGGUUCUUCUGUGGUAGAAUUAUGGCAAGCAUUCUUUGCUAACCCAGGGGAGUGGUGGGACAAUAGGAAAAAUAAGAGGAAUCCGAAAGGUCCUGAUUUUAAACACAAAGAUACAGGAGAAGCUCUGUGGAUCGAAGGCAGAUCCAAUCCACCAUGGGUCAAGUCACAACUGGAAAUAUUGGAUAUGAGGAUGGGGUCUGUUGCUGGUCAAAACACUAGGAUGCCUGUAGAUAUGGUGAGUGCGGAUGAAAUCUUGUCUUUCUAAAAGCUUAUGCCAAAUCUUGCCCAAAGUAAUAUUUCAUUUCUACCUGGAAACUUCUUUGUACAGUUUGCAUUUUGCGUGUAAAUUUUAGUUCCAUGUAUGGGGGCAUUGUUUAUGUUAUGCGGGGAUGAUACAUUAACUGGGUUGAUCGUAGUGACCUACUCUAGUUUGUUAGCCUCAUUAACAUUGUUUGGAGACUAAACUUUCAAUUUAGAAUACAACAUCGGUUAAAUUUGUUUGUGAAAGAUGAAAAUUACCAUGUAG